AUUACGAGAUGAUGAUAUGGUAUCAGAGAAACAAUUUCUCAGCAUGCGUUUGGUAAUUGCUGGUGGCUAUGAUUAUCGUGUGCAAGAAAAUGUGGAUCAUCAUAAAGAAUUGAAUCGAGUAGCUUCAAGACUGGAACUCGAAACUUUUACAAUUAUGCCCGGUUCGACAACACAUCCACCAGAAUCGGCACAAUCACUUUGUCUUUUAUACACCCCAUCAAAUGAACAUUUUGGAAUUGUGCCUAUAGAGGCAAUGUAUGCUUGUUUACCUGUAAUUGCAUGUAAUAGUGGUGGCCCAAGAGAAACUAUUCGAAAUGGUAUAACGGGCGUUUUAUGUUCACCUACGCCUCUGGAAUUUUCGGAAGCGAUAGCUGAUUUUAUUUCAGGUGUACAUGACCGUGAAGUUAUGGGUGAUAGUGGGAGAGAACACGCUCAAAAAAAUUUUUCUUUGACUACUUUUGUCAAUUCUCUAGAACUCAUUUUAAUGAAUUUAGUGCAGGAUCCUUCAAGAUCAAGACCAUUACAAG